AUGGAAUCUUUGAUCUAUGAAGAUUCGCCUCUGGCAGACUAUCUCGAGGAUGAGGGCGAGCGAGACCAAGACUGGACACCGCAGAAAGUCGACACCAGUGCCCCAUUGUCCGAUGCCGUUCCAGAUUUCGCACCAAGACGAACGUCCUCUAUACAAAAUCGCAUUCGGAAAAGACUCCCGGCUCCCUUGGUCAUAAAUUCUCUGAGAGAGACGAGUACGCUUGGGAAGAUUCACCGUACAUGCUCGUCUGCCGUUAGUUCUCACAUCGGAAAACGCGACAACGAAAGAUUCUUGGAGCAGUUUGGCUAUGUGAUUGUUGCCUCGCGUCUGCUGGAUGAAUACAACACUUCUUCUCAUGUAUCUGCGACCAAUCAUGCACUCCCAUAUGCACCGGGCUUUGAGCCCUUGUCGUUUACCACCACCGUCGGUCUCACUGGAGCUGUUGUCACGGCCGCCACGUCAUUUUCGAUCGUUGGAAUGAUUCACUGGAGCCGGUCGCGGUCAGGUGUUGGAAUGAACCCUAGGCGAAUUGCAGUCUUGCUGUUCGUGCUACCCUUGGUUGGUAUCGUGUUCUACGCCUUCGCAAGACGCCAGUGGCUUAAAUUCGUGAGGCACCAAGCUGUUCAGGAAACGUCUUUGUUUGUCAACCAUGCGCAAAACUUUGACUCGGUAAUGUCAUCAUCUAUUUUGUUCAUUCAAGAAGUAGAGCUUGUUUCAAGGGGCUAUCGGAUAAGCACGCCCCUGCCACCAAUUAGCCGGCUCGAAGAAACAACUCAAGCGCGGCGUUGUAUGAGACUGCGCCGUACGAUUUCGGAAUGUCUAUUCACUGUCCUCAACCGGUAUAUCCAGGCACAACACAGUAUCGGACUCCUUACAGAUCCUAGCAAUCUAGAAAAAUAUUACGACAUAUAUGAGAUAUCUACAGAAGAGCUACGUGAAGCACGCUCAGCUCCGUCGGAAACUCCGGUGGACGAUCAGUACUCGUUAAGGUUCCUACGGACUCUAAUCGGCCGACUAUACACAGUGCGGAAAAGCAUAUUGUGUUGCCUUUUGGCGCUCAAGGCAGAAGGAAGCAGCGCCGACAUUGUGACUUGGACGUCGGCAGUGGAGGAGGUGCGAGACUUGGCCACAAUUACGGGUGAUGCAACAAGAAGAAUUACGGAUAUACUGAAUGAACAAGAUCGCGAAGCUCCACCUGCAUCGCCAUUGCCUGCUGCGUCAUCAACGGGGAGAGACACUCUCCGCGCGCAGGCCCGACGAUUAAACUCACUGUCCCAGGGUAUUCGGGCACUCCAUGCCAAAAUGCAUGUGAUGCGAGAAGAGUCCGAUGGAAACAUAUCCCAAGAAGGGGCCACAGACUACGAGAUUGGAGUAUCCAUGAUGGCGCAAUACGAGUCCAUCGGCUCAGAUAUCCGAGGACUUCUCCAGGAAUGGGAAGCCGGCAAGGCAGCCCUCUUAAGCUCCUUUGAGCAUCCCAACGGAUCCGAGCGUUUCUCGCGAGCUUCGAGCGAUGUCAAGCUGCCAUUGUCGCCGUUGUCGCCGACGAGCAGCCUAGGAGGCAUCACCGCGGUAGACGGCAGUCCAACGGCAGCCCUAAGAGCACUCAACGGAGAGACCACCUCAUCCACGUCACACGCAGAAAACGUGAAUGAGAUGGAAGAAAUCUUUGAAGCCAUCGUGAUGCCCACAUCGCGAAAACGCCAGUCACUCACCCGCGAGGAGCGUAUCGCGCGGGUGAAAGAGGACAGAGCGCGACAAGCGGCCGCGCGCGAAAGAACAGACGCGAGCACCAACAUGCUUAAGGAGCUCGAGACUGUGAUCAAGCACCGGCCUCAGCUGAACAAGAGCCACAGGGUCACGAGUAUUUGA